GGCUCCUCCCGGGCGAUGGGUGCCAGGUGGGUGUUCCUGGUGAAGAAGGGCUACCAAGACACAGACAACUCUCUGCAGAGCUCUGUCAUCACCAAGGUCAAGGGCGUGGCCUUCACCAACACCUCGGAGCUUGGGGCGCGGCUCUGGGAUGUGGCCGACUACGUCAUCCCACCCCAGGGAGAGAGUGCCUUCUUCGUGGUGACCAACCUGAUUGUGACUCCCGGUCAGCGGCAGGACACCUGUGCUGAGAAUAAAGACAUUCCCGAUGCCGAGUGCUCUGAGGACAGCGACUGUCAUGCUGGGGAGGCUGCUGUCACCGGAAAUGGAGUGAUGACCGGCCGCUGCCUUCGAGUGGGGACAGCGCAGAAGGGGACCUGCGAGAUCUACGCCUGGUGCCCAGUGGAGGCCAGGUUCCAGCCCACGAAGCUGCUCCUGGAUGAGGCCGAAAAAUUCACUGUUUACAUCAAGAACUUUAUCCGGUUCCCCAAAUUCAAUUUCUCCAAGACCAACGUGCAGGACACUCAGAACACCUCGUUCCUGAAAACUUGCCACUUUGACCUCAGCAACCUCUACUGCCCCAUCUUCCAACUGGGCUCCAUAGUCCAAUGGGCGGGCAGCAGCUUCCAGGAGAUGGCGCUGAAGGGUGGUGUGAUAGGGAUUCAGAUCGAAUGGAACUGUGAUCUGGACAAGGCUGCCUCUGAGUGCAACCCUCACUAUUCGUUCAGCCGUCUGGACAGCAAGAACGCGAAAGAGUCUGCCUCCUCAGGGUACAACUUCAGGUUUGCCAAAUAUUACCGAGAUGCUGAUGGGGUGGAGUUCCGCACCCUGAUGAAAGUGUAUGGGAUCAGAUUCGAUGUGAUGGUGAAUGGCAAGGCAGGGAAGUUCAGUAUUGUCCCCACUGUCAUCAACAUAGGCUCUUCGAUGGCUCUCAUGGGGGCUGGCGCUUUCUUCUGCGAUCUGGUCCUCAUCUACAUCAGCAAGAAGAGCCACUUUUACCGUGGCAAGAAGUUCGAGGAAGAGGGCCAGGAGCUGAGCCUGCAGAGAAAGGAGCCCGAGGGGCAGCUGCUGGAGUGGCCUGAGGCGCAUGGCAGAAUCUGCAGCCUGAAGGGAGACAGCUGUGUGUGCCUGCAGCCCCCUGAGGGAAGGGCCAGUGAGAUCAAGGAUGAGGACAUGCUCCCAGAACCAGUAGGCCAAACAGUAGCCUGAACACGGUGCUUCCUCUCACGCCUGCAGCCUGCGCUGCAUCUAUACAGCGCUGGCCCUCAGGGUGCAGACCACGACCAGCAGCCUUGAGGGCUGCAGGGUGUGUCAGAGCCAGGAUGUGCUCCAGGUCUGCCUUCCCAUGGCUGCUUUUUCCAGAAGAAGAUCUCCACGCUUUUCUUCUGCAGCACCCUUGAGUGGACCCGACCUUCCUUUUGGCUUACCAUUUGGGCCUCAGUGAUACACUCAAGAGCCUUUGUAAGAUGAUGUGUGCGCCGAUUAAGGUUUGAGAUGUCCUGGUUCUGAGGACAGAACAUUUGUUGCAGCCAAUUUCUAGGUCAGAUCUCCCCAUGCUAGCUAGAGACCAAGAGCACCUGCUCAGGCAGUGAGGAAGGCUCAAUUGAUUGAAAUAACAAUGCUUUGACCAAACAUAACAAAAGACUGGAUGGUUAAAAGCAACCAGUUACCAGUCCCUGGAGGUGCCUUUACUUCCCGGAGAAGCCACCUGGUCACCGUCUCACUCCCUACGAUGAACCUUUCCUGGUGCCUGCAAGUGAGGCCUGGAGUCCUCUGUCGGAGGCAGACGGUGACAUCUGCUGGAGGAAGUGAGAAAUCUCACACUCAACCACUAGCUGUGGUCCGGAGGUCUCAUUAAAAGCCCGGGGGCUGAAUUCAAGCAUGUCCUACUGGGAAGGGCUCUUUUCAGUCAGAAGAGCCUAUUGUCCUCUGCACACAGAAAGGCCACCGGAAGCUGGCCAGACUACCACUGGAGCAAAGGGUUGCCCAGAAUAAGGGAUUUUUCUAAAGCAAGCAGCUGCCUGCCGUCAGGUGGACCGGCAUCCUGUCAACAAGCUCACCCUGCUCCCUGAGCAGAAGUGAAGUCUGGCAGGGUUCACUGGGGGCUUCCCUUCCUCAGGAAAGCAAGCCUGGGGUCGAAAAUCCUGCCUGUUACUUCUAGGUGUGUGACGAAGGAAAAGGGGCAGAGGUCAUUUCCAAGUUCUGGCUGGUUUCUUUUAACCUGCCUAUGGAAUUCCUUAAGGAGCCCUGGUGGUAUAGUGGUUACCCAUUGGGCUGUGAGCCACAUGGUUCAGCACUGAGGCUCUUUUUA